AUGAAGAAACAGUUCAUUCACACAGCAGCAGCGUUUAAAAACUACGGUCCCGCACGCACGCACGCAGUCUGUCAUUGUAUCUUUCUGUCUAACUACUGUCAAUCAUUCUGUCAUUUUAUCUGUCUGUCUGUUUGUAUUGUCUAUCUACAUGAUCUUUCUUGUGGUUUCUUCUCCAGAGAGCCAGUUCUGGUGAAUUGUGUUAAAUGGAAAAAAAGAUUCUCCUUUUUAUGCAAGAUGAGUGCUAAUGCAGGGACAGGGGUGUUGGAUCCAUGUGUUUUUCGGGUAUCUGUAAGAAAGGAGCUGAAAGGUGGGAAGACAUUUGCAAAGCUUGGCUUUGCUGAUUUAAACUUGGCUGAGUUUGCCGGUUCAGGAAGCACCACACGGCGUUGUUUAUUGGAGGGAUACAACACCAAAAACACUCGUCAGGACAACUCUAUACUGAAGGUGAUAAUCAGUAUGCAGCUGAUGUCGGGUGAUCCCUGCUUUAAAACGCCUCCAUCCACUGCUAUGACCAUUGGUUUUCCAGGAGAAAUAGAGACAUGUCUACAUGAGGACAGAAGAGGAGAGGCACAGAAUGCAACUCAUAUCUAUACAGGUACCUCCACAAUCCUCACACAAAAUCACUGCCUAUAUACCGGUAGUGAAAACUUAAUAUUGUGA